AUGGUGGAACCUGAGAGGGAAAGAAGGGAGGAGAGAUCAGUGGGAGGUUGGGAGAGUCACAGAGCCAUCUCCUCCUUUGAGCUUCGGACCUGGGACCCAGAAGGAGUGAUUUUUUAUGGAGAUACAAAUCCCAAAGAUGACUGGUUUGUGCUAGGACUUCGGGGUGGCCGGCUUGAGGUACAGAUGUACAACUUCUGGGCCCGGCUCACUGUGGGAGCUGGGCCCCGACUGGAUGAUGGCUUCUGGCACCAGCUGGAGAUCAAGAAUCAGAGGGAUUCUGUGUUCCUGGAGGUGGAUGGCGAUGAGGUCCUGAGGUUAAGCCAAGUCUCCAGGCCCCUGGCAGGGACUGCUCUUCCCAUAAUGAGGAUUGCUCUGGGGGGCUUGCUCUUUCCUCCCACUGACCUCCAUCUCCCGCUAAACCCUGCCCUGGAUGGUUGUCUCCGACGACACAUCUGGCUGAAUCAUCCUGGCAGGGCUGUACCCUUCAGCCACCCACCUCAGGGGGCUUGCAACCUUGAGGCCCAGCCAGGAACCUUCUUUCCCAUAGGUGCCCACACAGUGUUUAGCCUCAAAGAUCUUCCCCAGCCAAGUUUGGACCCCUGGGCCUUCUCCUUGGAGCUCAGACUUCAAUUUUUUGGUGGCUCAGGAGGCCUCCUUUCCCUGGGCAUACUGGGCAAUCAUUCUCUCCUCAGCCUUGACCUCCAAGACCAAAUUUUGGUGCUUUCUGCCAAGUUACUACAGGAGAUAGAAAUGGACUCUAAGUCAUUGCCUCUGAGCCCAGGGACUCUGAUUCAACUUGAGCUGGGUCUGACCAGGGUAGCAGUGAGCCAGGGGCCACACAAAGUAACAUUUAUUUUGCCCCCUCCACUCCUAGUCUCCCUUCUAGACCUCUGGACCCAACCUAAGGGAAGUCUUUUCCUGGGAGUGGCACCAGGAGAGGCCUCUUCUGCCUCCUUCUGUCUGGAUGGGCUUCGGGUACAGGGCAGGGAGCUGGACAUGGAUGAGGCUCUGAGCCGGAGCAAGAACAUCUGGAGUCACAGCUGUCCAGGGAGUCUGAACAACAGUACUAACACACCUCAUUAAACUUCCUUGAAGAGUCCCUUAAA